AUGUCAAGCCCAAGGAGAAGUGAAAUGCAAAAAAUCGGUACUAGUGCGUUACGAAUGUAUGGUGACCAAAUUAUGCAGAUUGCUGAAGCUCUGUAUUCACGUGGUAUCCUGAGUUAUCCACGUACUGAAACUCAAGUAUUCGAUGAAGGAUUGGAACUACGAGCUUUGAUUGAAAAACAAGUGGUUGAUCCAGCAUGA